GGGGAGGAGCAGAGGGGAGAGAGAAUCUUAAGCAGACUCCACGCUCGGCGUGGAGGCCCAAUCCCACGACCCUGGGAUCACGACCUGAGUCGAAAUCAAGAGUUGGAUGCUUAAUGGACUGAGCGUCCAGGUGUUCCUCUGAAGACACUUUGGUGGGACAUUUGAGACGAAUGCAAGUGUAGGCAGAGAGGAUGUGGUGGUGACGCCUUGCACCCUGUCACUGUCCUGAGUGACGGCUGGCUGGCUGGCUGUGCACACUUGUCUGCCCGCUGGGUGGUUGUGAAGCUGGUUACAGACAUGUUGUCCUGUCAUUCACUAUUCUAGUAUUAUCUCUGAAAGAUGAGAACUCUCUAAAAGUGCCCCAAAUAGCGAAUAAUCGUUUGUUAGUAUCGUCAGAGAGCUAGUAGCUGGAAUUCGGAAGGUUUGUGUCAGUGUAGAGCUGGUGGGUUGGAUGUGCCCUUGUUUAUGUAGGCCUGCUGAUGGGCUUUUAGGUUGUUUCCGGAACCUGCCUUCACAGCAGAACUGCGACUACUACGCUGGCUGGUGGGCCCUCACAGCAGUGCCACGGUGUGGGUGAUGUUGUGGCUCGGCAGCACCCUCCCUGCUGGGAGCGCUGGUGCCCUGGUGUCGGCCCGUAGGUCAGGUGGAGGCAGAGGCACCAUCCGAAGCCCUGUUCUUCCACUGCCAGACCCAGCGUUCCUUCUUAGGUUGUUUCUACCUGGUUCUCUUGUCUGCGUGGCUACUUGGAACUGGUUUUUAUGUGACGAACCGUAGCUCUACCUGAGACACGUUUGUGUAACAUGCCACCUCCGAUGGCUUUGUGGUGUCACCGUGGUGCCCUCUCUGUGGCGGGUGGGUAAGGCGGGAAAGUGCCCCACUUGGUGUCAUCACGGGCUGCCCAAAACAGUGGCCUGGGACCAUGGUUUUGUUACCCACGGCUUCCGUGGCUUGUGAGUUUGGCUGCAGCUGUGCUGGCUCGCAGCCCAGGACCUGAGAGUGUCACACACCAACACGUACCCCCAGGUCCCUGUGGCAGGACCAUGUCCACUAACUCACCUGGUCCUUGGUGGGCUUUGUUCACUUCUGGGCUGUUGGCCGGAGAUUGCCCCCAGCUCUGGCCUCGUGGGCCCUCUGCCAGGUAGCUUCCAUUGCCAGAGCGCGGGAGGGAGGGGCUGGAGCGAGGUCCAUGCACACACAGGGAGAGAGACGAGCCAGCCGGACCCUAGCCUCCGGCUCCUGAGACCGGACGUGGCCUGUGCAGAUCCGGUCACCAGGGCAGGCCAUGCUCGGGGAGGGGAUUGGGUGGGGCCGUGAAGUGCCCCCUCACCUACUGUGCUGGGCGUGCCCACAGGCUGUGUCCUUGUGGCGGUGCUCGGGGCCUGGGGUCCGUUUGCUGUGGAGUCGAGGGAGGGUCUCUGCGGGAGCCACAGGGUGGGGUGAGGGGCCAGGCCUUCAAAGUAUAUCUGGACUCUGCUCCUUCCUUUGAUCACCCUUGCAGCUCACAGUAUUGAUGAGCGCUCUGUUACACGGUAUGCUUGCAGCGCUGAUGUCUUCUGGUGGGUGCCGGUGCACUGUGCCCCUUGGCGAGGCCCUGUGUGCUUUCGUGGUGGGUGGUCCGGGAUUGCCCCUCAGGUAGGUGCUGUUUGUAUGGCUGCCGUGCAAGGGCUCUGCCUCUAGUGGUUAUACCGGGUCCCUUCGGGCACGGGAGAGCUGGGCCUCACCGUUCUUCCCAUCCCUUUGUCUCGCCUGCUCGAGGCAGGUGCCAGCCAGCAGCCACAAUGCACUUGGUGCCCCCGCAGGCCCAGAUGUGCUGCUGCGGUCAGGACGCUGGCUCCCGGUGCGUGUGGGGACUCAGAAGGGGCCGCUGUGAUGGGAAAGGUCAGGAGGGUUGCCGAGGUGCGAACAAAGGUUCCCUUGGACUUCCCCCCAGGUGCCUGGCCGAUCACACAUGCUGCUGUUUUGUGUAACUGUCGUUAGGGAGCCGGGCCUGUGGUUGCUUUCCUGGGUCUCCAGGUCCUUCCUCUGCUGCCUGAGGCCUCUGCUCUUUGCCCCUUCCUGACCCUGUCUUGCUGAUUUUUGUGUCUGUCUUUGAAUCAGCGGAAUUGCUGGCCCACUGCCUCUCCCUGUAGGUACAGUUUCAUUGGAGCACAGGCUUGCCCUUUGUUUGGUACUGACUGUGGCUGCUUUGGUGCCACUGGGCACUCUUCAGCUGUCCCCGGGCCGGGAGCUGCUUUGGUCUGGACGUGGCUCUGGUUUUCUUUCCAGGCACGUGUCCUGCCCUCACUGGCGUUUCUGUUCUAGUGGGCCCAUGGGGGCGGCAGGGUAGGACUUGUAUAGAAAGUAGGCAGCCACCAGAGUGGUGGUGGUCUCCCAGUGGCUGGCCCUCCCUCCCCCCUGCCCUGAGUGGCCGGGGCAGUGCCUCUGAUGGGCCCCUCAAAGGUUGUGGGCGGGCACUCAGCCCUGGGUGUCUGUCCUGCCGAGGGGUCCGCACCCUAUCCUGCGGUGACCAGAGGGGUCUUGGGGAGGGUGUUCUAGAGAGAGAAGGAGGGGGAUCAGGGUGUCAGGGUGUGCAGCAGGAGUGGGGGGUCCCGGCCACGCCCUCUGCGGCUUGUGAGGGACGCAGGGCACAGAGAUGGGUGGCAUGUGUGAAGCUGGAACGUGGUCAUUACUACUUUGGUUUGGUAAGUAAAGAACCUAGUUGGUGUUUCAGCGUCCACUUCUAAUUGGCUCAGCUUCCUGUGUAGCAGCUGAGUUUUACUGCUUUGAGUGGAUCAUUGUAUCCAACGUCAGAAAAUACACAGUAACUGGGUUUACUUACCUUAAGUACAAACCCAAAAAGCUGAGUAACGAGUGUUGUAAGAAAAACUCAGGUUAGUUGUGACAAAUGAGUGCCUUCGCUGUUGGUUUACAUGUUCGUUCGUUCAGCAUCUUGGUGUUUCUUCCUGGAGGGAGGUUUGCAUCUUAAGUAUAAAGAGCAUGCAGGGAAAGGAGUUCUGUGCACUUAACUUAAAACUACGUGCAGUACAGGAAUACCGUUUAUAGCAUCCCAGCAGCCUGGUUCCGGUGCUGGUCCCGGCGUCCCUGCGGGCUUUGCCCCAGGCACAAGAGGGAAGGGGCGUGGGAGGUGUGGUAAUGUUUUCCUGGGUCCCAGUUUGUAGUUGUAAACUAAGGUCCUGUGGUGUUGACUGUGAAGCCCCUGAGGACGGGAUGGUGUUAGAAAAUCACAAGGAGGCUGUAACGAACACGUUAGUAUUUCCCUGUGCUCCCGACGGUUGUGUGCUGUGUGGCCUCGGACUGUCCUCCCUAAAGAACUGCAGGAGCCAGGAGCAGGGCGCCCCGGGGGUCCCUGGGCUCCAAGGGAAGGAGGUGAGCACCUCGGUGUGGUCCAUGUGCUCAGGCCUGCUGCGUGUGCCCGGCCUCGGGGCCUCUCCCUCUUCACGGGGUCACAGGCUCUUGGGGCCACGGGCUCUUGAGCCCACGCAGACAAGAAGCAAGUGUGAGAUUACAAAGUGGGAAAGAGCAAACUCCAUCACAGGGGACCAUUUCCAGGGCCCACUGCAAAUUUAACACAAACAUCAGUGUUGACGGACUCCGUCCCGUGUGAUCUGAGCUCGCUUUAAGUUCGUACUCAGAUGGGGGUCUCACUUCAUGCACACUCUGAGUGGACCGUGUGCCUGGUCUGCACCUGUCAGGCUCAUACACCAGAACCAGCGGGCGGCUCCGUGGAGGUGUUGCUGACUCACGAGGGCCACCUUGCAGCUAGCCUAGGGCUUCCUGCCUUGAGCCCUGGCAGUCCUGUGCCCCAGGGGCUUCCCAGAACCCCGUGGUCCCAGGCAGACGGAGAUGAGGGUCACCGGCUGCAGGUGUUUAAAGGUUUGCCCGUUGUGAGGCUGCGAGUGAGGUGGGCUGGCACUCCUGUCCUCCUGCGGGUUGCAGGGACUUGCCUGGGGUCCCACAAGGGCCUAGGGCUGGCAUCUGGGAGGGGAGGGAGCAGAGCUCCGAGUGGGCAUGGCCGCGGGUGGAUGCUGGCGGGCCAGGUAUUGUAGCGCUGGCCACAAGGCAGGGCAGCACCUGUGGCAGUAAUCCCCUGCUGUGCUGCUUGUCACUGUCAUCCAGAGACGUCUCCUUAGGGUGUUCAGUGUCCUUUGGGGUUCACACCCACGAAGGGUGGUGUUUUAGAAAAGCUCUAUUGUGGGAAGGCCGAGGCUGGGACCCCGGGGGUGGAUUGGGUUAUGGGUGACAGCGCCAGUGACCUUCCUAUACGCCCCUGAGUAAGUUUGUGUGGUUCAGACAGACCUGCUUCUCUCUUGAACUCCACGCUGUCCGCGUGCUUCUGCCCAGUGCCGCCCAGUGCCAUGCUGGCCCCUGCGCCUCAGACGAGGUGGACACACGCAGCUGGACCAGACGAGUGUGUCUCUCUGAGUUGGUCAUUAGGCUCUGAAACGAGUUCCGUCACCUUUACAGAGAGCACGGUUGGGGGGACGAGCUGGGUGUGGCCUGGACUCAGGCUUGAUUUGGGGGCUGUGUCGUGCACUGUGUCUGCACAGUAGGGCAGGAUAAACCAGCUCUGGAACCGGUUUAGGUCAGUCGUAUGUGGAAGCUGGUUGACCUCGAGAGUCUGUCCUGCUCUGGUAUCGCUGGCUGCCAGGCCUCUGCUGGCCGGCUGUCCGCUUUUCCGCAGCUGCCUUGCCUGCGUGCCCCCAGAGCUCUAGCUCCUUCCAGGCGGACUUAUGGAGCGCUGCUGUCGGCCUUCGAGGUCAGGAACCCUAGAUGCGUCAUUUUGGUCCUGACCGAUUGUCUUUGGUCAUUGGCAGUCAGUCAUGUGGCUCCAGGAAAUUUGGGCCAAAUCUGCAUGCAGCUGUUAAAGUAUGCUUCAAAAAUACAUUCAGUGGCUUCCCAGAUGAAAAGAAGGACUUUUUAUGUUCUAGAGAAAAAUCGGUCACCACUGUCUCACUGCAGAACAAUGACCUCAGAGUUCAGGGGUUAAAGCGACAGUAACCCUUUAUCCUCCCGAAUGGUUUCCGUGUUUUGGAAUUUGGGCAUGGCCAGGUGGCAGUGUGUCCGACGGCAGCCCCCGGGGAGGAGAGGGUGGCAGGAAGGCAGGCCCCCACCCUCUCCAAAGCCUGACUUCCCAGCCCCAGCUUUCUAAUUUCCUUUGUGAAAACUGAGCUUGCGCCACUUGUGAUUCCGACACACGUUGUGUUGCGAGAUAGAAUUCCUGUGCCCGUGAGACUUGCUAUGGGGUACCUAGUCACGGUCCCACAUACGGACAGUGUGGGCGUCAACGAGCUGCCAGCCGCCAGCUGGCUUCUUCCUAUGUCACAGUUACUGCCCUCAGGUUUACGCUCCGAACUGGAAACCAGGCUUGGGAACAGGGCCGGUCUAAUUGAAGCCAACGGGGAACUCAAGGUCUUCAUAGACCAGAACCUUAGUCCUGGAAAAGGCGUGGUGUCCUUGGUCGCCGUCCACCCCUCUACGGUGAGCACGCUGGGGAAGCAGCUCCUGCCAAAAACGUUCGGACAGUCCAAUGUCAACAUUGCACAGCAAGUGGUAAUUGGUACGCCUCAGAGACCUGCAGCGCCCAACACUAUCGUGGUAGGAAGCCCACACACCCCUAACACUCACUUUGUCUCACAGAACCAGCCUUCAGACCCCUCACCUUGGUCUGCCGGGAAGCGGCACCGGAAAGGGGAGAAGAACGGGAAGGGCCUGCGACACUUCUCCAUGAAAGUCUGUGAGAAGGUGCAGAGGAAGGGGACCACGUCCUACAACGAGGUGGCCGAUGAGCUGGUUGCCGAGUUCAGUGCCGCCGACAACCACAUCCUACCGAAUGAAUCUGCUUAUGACCAGAAGAACAUAAGACGACGAGUCUAUGACGCCUUAAAUGUGUUGAUGGCCAUGAACAUCAUCUCUAAGGAGAAAAAGGAGAUCAAAUGGAUUGGUCUGCCCACCAACUCGGCUCAGGAAUGUCAGAAUCUAGAGGUGGAGCGGCAGAGGAGGCUGGAAAGGAUAAAGCAGAAGCAGUCUCAGCUUCAGGAGCUCAUCCUGCAGCAAAUUGCCUUCAAGAACCUGGUGCAGAGGAACCGCCAGGCAGAGCAGCAGGCCAGCCGGCCGCCCCCCCCAAACUCGGUCAUCCACCUGCCUUUCAUCAUCGUCAACACCAGCAAGAAGACUGUCAUCGACUGCAGCAUUUCCAAUGACAAGUUCGAGUACCUGUUCAACUUCGACAACACGUUUGAGAUCCACGACGACGUUGAGGUGCUGAAGCGCAUGGGAAUGGCCUGCGGCCUGGAAUCUGGCACCUGCUCUGCCCAGGACCUGAAGACAGCGAGGAGCCUGGUGCCCAAGGCACUGGAGCCCUACGUGACAGAGAUGGCUCAGGGAUCGAUCGGAGGGGUGUUCGUCACAUCGGUGUCCACCUCCAAUGGCACGAGGCUUUCUGCCAGCGACCUGACCAAUGGUGCGGAUGGCGUGCUGGCCACGAGCUCCAGCGGGUCCCAGUACAGCGGCUCCCGGGUGGAGACCCCCGUGUCGUACGUCGGGGAGGACGAGGAGGAGGACGACGACUUCAAUGAGAAUGAGGAGGAGGACUGACACCCGCGGCCGGCCCUCACAGUCCGCGUCGGGAGAGACUGCUUUUGGUGUGGGCUGGGUUCCUCCUUGGCCCCUCCCGAGGAGACGCCAGAGUGGGCGAGGGCUGCGUUCCACGGGGGCUUGGGGCGCGCUGGGGCGCCGGCCACGACGCAGGGCCUCUCUCCGCUGUCCAGGAUCUUGUUUGCGUUGUCUGUCUGUAGCUCAGAGUUCACUUUGCCCCUUGGUUCUUGCUGAGUGUGCCUCCUCCCACAGCCCGCCGGCAGCCGCGGACGGUGCCGGCCGAGCCCUGCUCUUCAGCCUUGGGCCACGAAUUGUAUUAGGACUUUAUUUUCCCUUAAAUUAUAUUGACUGUGUGACUCCAUCAAGUUUGUUCAUUUUUUUUUUUCCUCUAUGUUGCAGCAAAUUGCGAAGUUCUUUAUUUGUUUUUGUUUUGUUUGGUAAAAGUUCACUGCCGUGCUGGUGCAGCUACGAAAACUGGAGGGCUUGGAGCGGCGUGUGGCUUGCGGUGAGGCCUGCCUGAUUUCUCACAGGCGGCGUCUGCAGACUUUACUAUAUAGUUGUUUACACACCUACACGUCUGUCGUCUAAAGACGCAAACGGAAACAAACGUCGUAUUUGUUUCGUGAGCAUCUUCCUAUAAUCUACGAUAAAGUUGACAUUAAAUAUAGAGAAUGUUCUAACAGUUUUUUAACUCAAAAUUUGUCAAUCAUUUUUAAUAGUUCUUUUUUUAUAAAAAGAAACGGAAUUUCAGGACAGGCAGUAGUCCCUUUUAAAAUUUAUUCACAAAGAACCAUUAACCGCACAGUUGCUGUUAGCUGCCUGUUCUACAACAAUAGUCUUUUUAUUGAAACACAAAUAAACUUUUCUGUAAUAUUUUAUGGAAUAUAAAGAGACUUUAAUUGUUUGACUUGUUUAACUCGGCACUGUUAGUUUUUAUUAAUAAAACGCGCAUGGGCAUUUUAAA